AUGGCCAUGUUCAACAGACGUGUAUUCAUCGCUGUACUGGCCGCACUUCUCAUCAUGUCCGAAGUAAAUGGUGGAGCGCAAGGCAACGAAAAAGGACAAGAUCUUGCGUAUACAAUUGAUCAAUACGUGCGGCGCAGAAGAGCUCAGAAACCCGAAACUUUGGAAAAACCGAAUCUAGGUGAUGCAUGAAUCAGGUUUCAUUGCAAUAAAAAUCACCCUAUACGAACAGAACACUAAAUACACACUUGGCAUUUUAC